UAAUAAGCGUGGUGGUAGCUACUAACGACUUGCUGGCUCGUGUGACCUCCAGAAUUAGCGAUACCGAUUCAGAUCGCAGCCACGGCGACCUAGAGGACAGGAACCCCACCGAGCCAGGCAGCACAAAUCCCCAAUCUCUGAUCCCUGCUCGCCCAAAGAUGGCGGCGGCAUGGGCGGUGCUGGCGGUGUUGCUCGUCGCAGCGCAGGUGUCCUCGGCGGCGCCGGUGCUGGCACCGGCGUUCCUCUGGGCGCCUAAGAACUACGGAUUCCGUUCUGAUGCUACUAAGGAAAUAGUCCACUAUCAGACUGUCUCUCCAAAGAGUUUAGCUAAAUCUGUACUUGAGGAAGGUGGCUGGUCAAACUUUAUUUGUUCAAGGGAGGAUGCUCAGAAGAAUGUUGAUGUUGCCGUUGUUUUCAUUGGCUCAAAGCUACAAUCCUCAGACAUAUCUAAAGAUAAGCAAGUUGAUCCAGCUUUAGCAGAUACAUUGAAGCUCUCCUUCACAAGUUCAGAUUUUUCCAUCGCAUUCCCCUAUGUUUCCACAUCAGAUGAUGAGAAAUUGGAGAACUCAUUGCUAUCUGGCUUUGCUGAGAAUUGUAACAAUGGUUUUGAAAGAAACCAUAUCACCUACACGGACACGUGUACUGUAGGUGGUCAAGAUCUUGAGAAGUAUACCAACAUGGAUGCUAUCAAUGACUUGGUAAGGUACAGGAAAAUUAGCACAGACGGUCAGACUGAUUUAAUCAUCUUCUGUAGCGGUGGUUUCCAGAAUUUAGACCCUGCGAAAUCAGAAGGAGAGUUGCUUUCCGCGCUAGUUUACAUGCUGAAGGAUUUGGGGGUCAAAUACACGAUUCUUUAUGCUUCUCAACCAUCUGGUUUACUGGAGAACCCUUCCAGGGAGCCUCUAGGUAGGCAUCUUGCAGAGAAGACCAAUACUACUACUAAAGCUGGCCUGAGCAAAUGUGAUGGAGAGUGCCUAGUCAAAUCAACUCUUCUUGAAGGAACUUUUGUGGGAAUAGUGCUUCUUAUCAUCUUGAUAUCAGGACUCAUGUGCAUGAUGGGAAUCGACACUCCGUUGAGAUUUGAAGCUCCCCAGGAAUCUUGAUCUCACUUUGACGCAGGAUAUGGGAGCUCGAUGAGGCACAAGGAGUAUGAACGACCAAUGUUUGCUGGUCUGCACUUGUGGAUAUUGUUAGUUUCCUCUUUUGAAGUGGCCUUGUGUAAAUGAGCCAAAUGUUAUUUACAAUGUGCUCAAUUUUUGGUGUAAUAUUACUUGUCAUGCCUACGGAGAUCUAGCUGAGCUAUUUGCAAACAAAUACAUGUGUGAGGCUUGUAUCGUACCCGACAUAGCAUUGCCUCCAGUGUUUUCUGUGAAUAACCUGAAAUUCAGGUAACCAAUAAGAUGGCACUGUGCAUCAAAUAAAAUGGGAUCUUGUUAUUUAUUUGAUCCGAAGUUACUGUA